CUCGCACAUCCGCCAUGCCUGGGACCCGCACAAGUCGGUGGCGCAGAACCUGGCCGAGAUGGGCCUGGCCGAGGAUCCCAACAAGGCUGUCCCCAUUCCGAAGAAGCAGCUGGGAAUGGAAGUGGAAAGUGAUGGACAACAGCCAGGAAAGAAAAUAGUGCGGAAGCCAUACGUGGUGAAUGAGAUGGAACUGGAGGCCAGCCUCCCUGAGAAGAAGUCGAACACGCUGUCACGGGACCUCAUUGACUAUGUGAAAUACAUGAUCCAGAACCACGGGGAGAACUACAAGGAAAUGGCUCGGGAUGAGAAGAACUACUACCAGGAUACUCCCAAACAGAUAAAGAAAAAGAUCAAUGUGUACAAGAAUUUCUAUCCUGAGGAGUACAAGAAUUUCAUUGCAUCACUCAAGCCAGAAAAAAUGGAAGUUCAGUGACUGCUCUUUUUCCUCAGGUUUACCUGCAAGUGCAGGCUUGAUGUGAAUAUUUUCCGAACUGAAACAGCCUCUGGUGAUGGAGGAAGAACCCUCACUAGGCAGAGAGGGUUUAACUGUCCAUGAAAGACUCUUUUGGCACUGGCACUGACUGUGCUGUUCUGCUCACUUUCUGUGUGGCAGCAGAAAGAACUGCCCCCAGCAGUUCUUUAGCUUUGCUAAAAUAAAAUACUCUUUCUA